CUCCAAACCCUCACCAUGUCUCUAACACUGGUUCCUCUCUCUUCUGGGUCUCUCUUCACACCUUUUUGCAUGUGACUGCUGUGUUUGAUCCCAGGGCUUUAAAGGACACGCAGGGGAGAAGGGAGCUCCAGGAGAACCAGGUCUGUCUAUUAUUGGACCAAGAGGGCCUCCUGGUCAACCUGGAACGAGAGGAUUUCCAGGGUUUCCGGGACCAAUUGGGCUGGAUGGCAAGCAUGGACAGAAUGGGCCUAAGGGUGACAUGGGUCAGCGUGGCCUUAAAGGACUCCCUGGAGAACCAGGACCGAAAGGGGAAAAGGGUGUCUGUGGCGACUAUACACAUCGGAACCUAUUUGUGCAGGAUCUUCCCUUGAAAACCUUGGCUGCCUUGCGUUCCAGUCAUCCACUGAUGCUGAAGGGUGAGCAAGGCGUGCAGGGGCCCCCAGGGCCACCAGGCCCACCUGGUCUUCCAGGGAGCCCAGGUCUGAACGGAGCCAGUGGCUCACCGGGUAAACCAGGGGAACCAGGGAAACCCGGAAAAGACCCAAGGCUCUUACCAGGACUGAAGGGUGAGCCAGGUAUACCAGGACAGAAGGGUGAUCAGGGGGAUGUUGGUCCAAUCGGUCCUGAGGGCCCCAAGGGAGAUGAAGGGAAGAGGGGUUUUGCACCAGAGAAAGGUAGCAAGGGAGAAAAGGGAGAUGCUAUUAUUUCAGCACUUGGACUGAAAGGAGAGCCUGGUUCACCAGGAAUCCCAGGCCAAAUGGGACCUAAGGGUGACAAGGGUGACCAGGGAAACCAGGGGGAGACAGGCCCCGAAGGCCCUGCCGGACCAAGAGGACCUCCAGGUCCAACUGGUGAACCAGGAAAAGCUGAAAUCCACAAUAAUGAAAAUGAUAUUCGCAACAUACAUCUGAUGGGCCCGCCUGGAUUACCUGGACCUCCUGGGCCUCCUGGGAACACUGGGACUAAAGGUGAAGUUGGCCUCCCAGGUCCCCCUGGUCUUGAUGGAGAGAAGGGCACGAAAGGCGAACCUUGGGAAGGAGGAAGGUCAGAGAUUCUCUACGGCCCUCCAGGUCCUCCAGGGCCACAAGGACCAGCUGGCCCUGUAGGAUCGCAAGGACCUUCAGGACCAAAGGGAGAGCCCGGCCAAGGCCUCAGGGGAGAAAAAGGAGCAACAGGUCAGAAGGGUGACAAGGGAGACAGAGGUCAUCUUGGACUGCCUGGGGCUCAUGGGUUAGACGGCAGACCAGGUCCUGUGGGUCUGAUUGGACCAGCAGGAGUAGCAGGGCCAGCAGGACCAAAGGGAGAGAGAGGUGAGAAUGGAGACGUAGGACUACCAGGACCAAUUGGCCCGCAGGGCAUUCCCGGCCUUGUUGGAUCACAAGGACUCAAAGGGAAUCGGGGAGAGAGGGGCAAGAAAGGCAACAGGGGGGCCAAAGGGGAUAAGGGAGACCAAGGAGCACCUGGAUUAGAUGCCCCAUGUCCGUUGGGAGACGAUGGCCUACCUGUACCAGGCUGUUGGAACAAAUGAUAACUUUGGAAUGGCUUUAUAAUUGUACAUAGAAUAUUUAUUUUUGUACUUUUCCCUAUCCUAUUGUAACCUAAUAUUAUUAUUACAAAAAGUCUUAAAAACAAAUGACACAUUUUGUACAGAUGUUUUUAGUUUAAUACGUAUGACAAUUUGGUUUAAUAUCUAUAUGUUGAGCUUUUAUAUGUUUGAAUAGGGAAGACUUAUUUUUAGCAGUAUCAUAUGCGCGAUAUUUGCGCAUACUGUAAUGUGGAUAGUGCUUUUAAUUUAUUGUAGCGUGUUGUUUUAAUGGACAAGACAUUGCUAAACUGAGUUGUGCAGCUGGAAACAUACUUGUAGGCAUUCUGAAAGUCUUUGAUUGCAUUGAAAGUCAUGAAUAGACUAUAUACAAUAUAUGGAUAUAUAUGUAUUGGACUACAUAUAUAUAUUAGGGGUGUAACGGUACACACAAGUAACAGUUCAGUACAACAACAACAACAAAAACUUUUUUUUUUUUUUUUUUUUUUGAUCACAGCAAUUGAAAGUUAAAGUUUGGUUAAUUGGCAAAAACUAAAAAGCAAUAUUAAGUUAAUAUUACAAUAAUGUUGGUUGUUGGUUUAGACACAUUACUUCUACCGCCCCCUGGAUUGGAGGAGAACUACUUCUAACGUGGAUUUUUUUUUUUUUUUUUUACUCGAACAUAUUCGCAGUCUGACUGCGUGCAUCGAACUGUGAUGCCCGUACCGUGACGGUGCGGGACGAACAAAAAUACCGUUACACUCUUAAUCAAUAUGUUUGGAUAUACUCUUUUUAAAAAAUGUUCACAAUGUGUUAGUAUGCACUCUUAAAGUUGUCUUUUUUUCCCAAAACAAUAUUUCUGUCCCAAAUGCAGUGUAUUUGGGUUGGUUCCUCUUGGAACUAGAGAUAUUUUCAAAAAAUUUAGAUUUCAUUUAUGCUAAAAUCAUAAUGUCACAUCAUUACUCUGUUAUGUGUAAUGGUUACAGAUCAUAUCAUUAGAAAAAUACACAUUCAUUUGUCAUAAUUACAUUAGUUGUCGUGACUGUGUUCAAAAACAUUGCAUUGAGCCCACACUUCAGUAUUCAAUAUCGCAUUAAAAUGUGCUCAUUUGUAAUUAUUACAGGGAGUCCUCGGGUUACGUUUUCACUGUACGACGUCCGUGCCUUGUCCGCCAUUUUGUCCCCAACAGUCAAAGUCCAACAAUCGACGUCAGCGAAACCAAACGACUUCUGUAACGUAAAAUAUGUAUAAUAAUGUAACGAAUCGGGUUACAUGUACAGUACGCUUCAGGUUGCAAUGUUGAUGUGUUUGGUGAGUGUAAUGUUUUCUGGGCUUUACCUAAACACACUAUAGCCCUUUUCACACACGGCAAAACACCGUGAAAAUCUCGGGAUUUAAACGGGCAGUCCUUGCAUGUGAAGACAAUUUUCCCGGGUCGACGGAGAUUACGCAGACAUUUUACAGGUCGCGUCUUAGUAUAAUGCCUGGGAAAGUCCCGGAACGAGGCUUAUGUGAAAGCAAGCGUUAAAUUCCCAGGUCACAGCACGAUGGCUAAUGACGUAAAUAUCAUGGCGGGUUGAUUGUCACUUCCUCUUUCUUCGCAGUAAGACGAAAAGCGGUAAACAAAUAUUGCAACUAUCAACAUUGCAAGCUAGAAAUACCUCAAUUAAACUGAAAACAUAACAAAAUUAAAUUGCUACUGGAUCGUAGAGCCGAGGAAGAGAGUCCAUCGUCCAUCUUUGCAAACGUGUGGUUUAUUUCGUUGCCGAUGUUAGGGUCUGCAACUGCGGAAACAAAGCUGUACUUUAAAGCAGAAAACAAUGAAGGGAUGCAUUCAAGGGUUUUUCAAAUACAAACAAAAAAUGCAUGCAAUCGCGGAAAAGGGGGAAAAGCACAAUGGGUCAAUGGCAGUAGGUCGACGAGGAUCAAUAUUACGAACAUAAGCGGUAGGCUGGGAGCCGAUAAGACAACAAAACAAAUACACUCAAAUACCAGCACAAAUUAGGGGAUUUCAAAACAAGGGCGGCAGAGGUGUCGAAUGGCGCCCAGCAAGUUAAUAUCUAAGCACCCUCGUCUUGGAUCGCCUGGGCGUAAAUGGUCUUGAUGAGCAUGAAUUGGCUGCAGUUACGACAUCGGGAACGCUCCCACAAACGGCUCUGUAAAAAAAAAACACGAUUUAACCAACAUUGUGACAGCCGAUGCCAACCCAAAAUGAUGUAAUGUCCGGGUUAUAAAGUCGCGCACGCAUCUCUGCAUGUGUGAAAGCAAUGAUGCGCAUAAAUCCCACGUCACCAUAUACGGGAAUUUACCGGGAUAUAUUUGUGAAAGGGGCUGACUGGAGUAAAAGAAGGAGGGGUGGACCCAACUCUGCUGGAGACAAAGGCUGUUGUUUUCUUUUCAUUUUUGUUGGUCAUCAGCUACGGCUUACAAGUCGUGUUCCGUGCUUUGGGUUGCAAAUAAGCCAUUAAAAUUCCUAACAAAGUUGCCUUCGUCCUUGUAUACGCUGCAGUAAUAUAACUACUUUAAUUUAGCAAUUUUACGACUGUUUUCUCAUAAUUUUACUUCAAUCUCCUAAAAUCAUGGCCCCAAAAGUCAAUGCACAUCGUUCUCACAGCCUCCUCUCCUUCGCCAUCCAGUUUUGUUAUAUGAACUGCUUUGACAUAAAUUUCGAUAGUAAUGGUGAAAUCCGACUUAUCGGUAAAUUCGGGUUUCGUCGCCAGCAUAGGGACGGUAGUCGUUCGGAACUUGAGAACUCCCUGUAAUUUAUUUUAGUUUUGUCUGUACUCACACUGACCGCAACUAAAAUACACGCCAUGUUUCGCCACUUAUGCAGACUGUAUUAUAGAGCUGCUGUUUUUUUCCAUGCCAUUUCAUACUUCAUUAAUACAGCAGGGCUCUUAAUUAACUGUAGCUUUGUCUUUUUGUCAGUAUUAAGCACAUGUUGUCAGACAUAAAUAUCACUACCUACUCUUAAAGCAUAUUGUUGCAAUAACCCCAUUGCUUAAAUCAUAGGAAAACCAUAAUCUACCAAAUGGUCUUGCUUUAGGACCCAUUUAAUCAACAAUCACCAUUAAAAUGAAUUGGCUUAUCAAUUUCACUCAAUUACGUUUACAAUUGACCAAGAGAUGAAAUAAAUGGCUGUCCUGAUUUAUGUGUACCUUAAUCUGUACGGUAGUUCUCCCUGACAAGGUUUUGUUUGUGUUUUGCUCUCCCUGGAUUUAAUGACGUUGCUAUGAGACUCUUUGGAUUCUUGCCAGCAAUCGAAUAUUCAUUGUGCUAGCCCUAGUACCUCGCAUGAACUCAUGCCGUAGUCACAAGCAAGCCUUCAUUUUCAUGUAAAACUGUUUUUCUAAAAUGCCAAUCAUGCUUUCAUAAAUAAAACCAAAGAUGUUUAACACUUACAGGUUCAUGAAUUGCUCAUUUGUAACAUGCUUGUUAGUUUUUACAGCAUUUUCCCAAGCUUGAUGAGUUUGUUUGCAGUGGUUAAUCAACUGAUUUAUAGUAGUAGCUGUGUG